AAAGCAGACAUCCCCCAACCCCUCCACGCCCAAAACCACAGCUCACAAUAUUCCAAAAACAGUGAUAAUAAAGGAGAUAAAUUAUCAUGGCUCUUCAGAUCAAGGCUUCUCUUCUUCUAGUCCUUCUCUUGAUUCCCUUAUCUUCAGGUGUUGUCACAGAAGGUUUCAAGGAUGGGAUGAACAUUAUCAACUCACUUGUCAAGAAUGGAAUUGCCAUGAAUUCAAGGAAGCUUUUGAGGCAUGAUCUUUCGGACUAUGACUAUGCAGGAGCCAACCCCAAGCAUGAUCCCUGCAAGAAGGGGAGAUCAAACUGCCCGAGGAACCCUUGACUCUAUUUAUCCUGCCUCAAGGCCCAAAUUAAUUAAAUAAUAUAGGCUACUCUUUCUCUAUAUAUCGAAAGAUUUUGAUCAUGUAUGAUGAAUCAUGUUAUAGCAUUAUAUACGUGUUUCUGUGAUGUUAAUAUUGUAGAAGCAUACCCUUAUGAAGUUGGCGGGUAGGGAAAGGCCAAGAGAGAUCAUUCUGCAUUGUUGUAUUUGGGUUCAUGUAGAACACCUAUGGCUAUUGCUAUGAGAAUGAAUAUAUAGUUUUUCUAUCUUAUGAGAAA